AUGAAUAUUGUUUGUUCUCGUUUAUAUAUUAAACGCUCGCUAACAAUUGUACAACAUCCAAGUACCGAUAGCCUAGUUGAAAGUUUCACUCCGGAUGUUUCUAUUGGUGCUGACAUUAAGGCUUUGGAACCAAAGACUUUUGAAAGUGAAAGAUGGUUGUUAUAUUUAAAUCAACAUCUCCCCGAUUUACAUGCUGAUGCUCUCUCAAAGGCCAGUGAAGUUCAAACUAGACAAAAGUCGUUUUAUGAUCCUUCUGGCAAAGUCAAGUAUGUCUAUCAUGUUCGAUACUUAAUGAAGAGACGUAAAUUAGAAAGCAAAUGGCUUUUCCUAAACAGAGUUAAUCUGCUUCCUAGCAUAUUCUGGCUACGAACAACGAAGAGUGUACUGCUUGGGUGA